AUGGAUCCGGAAAUCUUGAUGCAAGUCUUCAGAGGCCUUUCUGCAACAAAUGUUACCAAAAACGUUCACAAAGAGCCGUAUCCGGCUAUCUCACCCUCGCGGCCUGAGCUGAGCCAGACCGGAAAGGUUGUUCUUGUCACCGGUGGAGGUACUGGAGUAGGCUUUAGCAUCGCAAAGGCAUUUAUCCGCGCCUCAGUAGAUACCAUUAUUAUAAUUGGUCGCCGUGCAGAUGUCCUCGAGAAGGCUGCCUCUGAUCUCAAGCAAGAAGCCCGACUUGUUCGCACAAGUAGCAAGAUUAUUACCCGCUCUGUUGACGUUGUCGAUUUGGUACAAGUCGAUGCUUUUUGGGAGUAUCUAGCUACUCAAGGUAUUAAUGUCGACGUAUUAGUCGCCAAUGUUGGCAGAAGUUCAGUGCCCAAAUCGAUGACUGAGCUUGGUGCAACUCGCGUUUGGGAGGAUUUUGAGAUCAAUGUCAAGUCCCCAAUUUAUUUCACGGAGAAGUUCUACAAUCAGCCCGGAGAUAAGAAAAAGUAUUUGAUCAAUGUGUCAUCAAGCGUUAUUCAUAUGACAGCGUAUCCGGGGGUUGGCGACCGUCCUGCCUAUCCAUUGACCAAGAUGGCAGGUACAAUGUUCUUUCAGCUUACCGCUCAGAACGUGUCGCCUGAAAAGAUGCAGGUAAUCAGCUUUCAUCCAGGCUACAUCUAUAGUACAGGAUGGGAAACUGUGGGCUUAAAGAUUCCCAGGGAGCUAUUUGACAGUGACGAUCUUUGUGGCGCAUUUGCAGUUUGGACUGCGACUGAUGAAGCCAAGUUCCUACAUGGUAGAUUCGUUUGGGCAUCCUGGGACGUUGAAGAGCUUGCUUCUGGAGAGCUUCGAAAACGAAUUGACGAAGAUCCUUAUUUUCUACGAACCUCUAUUUCUGGCUUGAACGGUACCAACCUAGCAUGA